AUGAUCAAAUCAGAGAAUGAAAUAAUUGAUGUAUUUAACAAAACAGAUGGUGAUCCAUGUGAAAAACAAAGGAAAACAGCACGACUUGUUCGCAUUCCAAAUCAAAGCAUCAAUAUGUUUCUUUAUGUAAAGGUAUUAAAUGGUAUACCAAAUCUGUCAUGCGUUUCGAUUGAUGAAAAUACUUAUUAUUAUUACAUUGGCCUAUAUAGGAAAGAUUUCGAUUGGCGAUGGCAGCCAUAUCAUGAAAAAGCUUAUUCACAUUUGGAAGAACAAGGACAGUUAUUAUUGGAUUAUUUAAAUUCACCACGUCAUCAACAUGUUUGGUCCGAUGGGACAAGAAUUUUUGCAGAGGGUUGGGAUAAUGUUGAUGACAUUACCACAAAUGUUGUCAUUUCUAAUUGUUAG